AUGGAUCCAGAAUUCAUCGAGGAAAUGCGCAGAGAUUUGCAAGAUUGGAAGGAUGAAAGGGAUCGAGCAGAAUUGGAUCGCCAAAAACAACUGGAGAAAGUGGAAAAUGGGGCAAAGCUUUCGGUGGUGAGUUGUUUUUGGGAUCAUUGAAAUAUUUGAUAGAAAAAAUUAAAUUAUUCAUGUCAGUUUUUUAUUCAAAAAUCUAGUAUAAGAUCUGAAAUUCUGUGAAAAUUAGCUGGUGAAGCCAAAAAAAAACCCUCUGGUUUUCUGUUUUUUUCUUUAAUGAGAUUCCGGAGAUUGAAAUUGAAAUAUUCUGAACAUUUUUCAAAAAGUCAAAAAAAGUUAUUUUUGAAAAUUCGUAAUUCAGCUCAAACUCAACGAAAAACUUUGAUCAAUAGCGCGUUUUGAAGCUUAAAUUGCCCUCCUUUCAAGUUUUUUGGUGUACUGUUAUCAAAAUUUGAAGUUUGAUGGCAGUACUCCACAACAAAAAAAAGAUGGCAAUUCAAGCUUCAAAACGCGAUAUUGAUCGAGAUUUUUCGUUGAGUUUGAGCUGACUUACGAAUUUUCAAAAAAAGAGGGUUGAAAAAUAUUUUUCUCACAUUUACUUCAUUUUUUUCAGCACUCACCGAUUCCAUUGGAUGCGGAGCCGAUUGCUCUCCGCACUCGCGGCGAGCAAUAUCGCCAGUUUUUGUUCGAGCGUUUCUGCACUUAA